CUCCUCGAGCCCUAGAAUUUUCAGCGCCUUCAGUCUCUUCUCGUCUCGGCCUAAUUUCCCGAGAAACGAACGCGAAGCAAGACACGACGACCACACUGACAGAGUGAGAAAAAGCAAAACGAAGAUGUCUGAUUACGAGGGAAGAUACGAAGGCAACGGAGAGGACGCUGACAACUAUGGAGGUGUCUCCUCCCCUCAACCUCGUGGUAGCAGCCAUGGCGGUCCCGAAGAUCUCAGCGACUCCAAGUCUCAGCAUGGUUCUCGUGAUUAUGAAAGAGAAUCAUCAAAAAGUAGGGAGAAGGAUAGAGAAAAAGGGCGUGAUAAGGAGAGGGAUAGGGACAGAGAUCGGGAGAGGGACAGAGGCAGUGAUAGGGAGAAAAGCAAGGACAGGGACAGAGAUAGGGAAAGGGACAGAGACAGGGACCGGGACCGGGACCGUCAUCAUAGAGAUCGUCACAGGGACCGGGAUCGCGGCGAAAGAAGGGAAAGAGUGAGGGAUAGAGAUGAUGAUGAUUUUUAUCGAAGCCGGGAUUAUGACAGACGAAGGGAUUAUGAUAGAGACAGAGAUGAUAGGCCCAGACAUAGGUCUCGCUCUCGUUCAGGGGCUAAAUCUGAGCACAGAUCGAGGUCACGAUCUCGUUCUCGCUCUAAGAGCAAAAGGAUUAGUGGUUUUGAUAUGGCGCCUCCUGCAUCCGCAUUGUUAGCUGGUGCUGCCACUGCUGCAGGUCAGAUUCCUGGGACCAGUCCGACUAUUCCUGGGAUGUUUCCGAACAUGUUUCCUUUAGCAACUGGUCAGCCGUUUGGAGCUCUUCCUGUUAUGCCAGUACAGGCAAUGACUCAACAGGUACUCAUUGUAGCUACAAGGCAUGCUCGUCGGGUGUAUGUUGGUGGCCUUCCUCCUACAGCAAAUGAACAGUCUGUUGCAACAUUUUUCAGUCAUGUUAUGGCAGCAAUUGGAGGAAACACUGCUGGUCCUGGUGAUGCUGUCGUCAAUGUGUACAUAAACCAUGAAAAGAAGUUUGCUUUCGUGGAGAUGAGAUCUGUUGAGGAGGCUAGUAAUGCAAUGGCUUUAGAUGGAAUUAUUUUUGAGGGUGCUCCUGUUAAGGUGAGGAGACCUAGUGACUACAACCCAUCUCUUGCCGCAACGCUUGGUCCAAGUCAGCCCAAUCCUAAUCUGAACCUGGCUGCCGUUGGUUUAACACCAGGAUCCGCAGGUGGUCUUGAGGGUCCUGAUCGCAUUUUUGUGGGUGGGCUUCCCUAUUACUUCACAGAAAUACAGAUCAGGGAGUUGUUAGAGACUUUUGGGCCACUUCGGGGUUUUGAUCUUGUGAAAGACAGAGAAACCGGAAAUUCAAAAGGCUAUGCCUUUUGUGUUUACCAAGAUCUUUCAGUUACGGACAUAGCUUGUGCAGCUCUGAAUGGAAUUAAGAUGGGUGAUAAAACUCUCACUGUCAGACGUGCUAACCAGGGUGCUAGCCAACCUAAACCUGAGCAAGAGAAUGUAUUAUUACAUGCACAGCAGCAGAUUGCAUUGCAGAAGCUUAUGUUACAACCUGCUGCAGUGGCCACAAAGGUUGUAUGUCUAACCCAGGUGGUUUCUCCUGAUGAACUUAAAGAUGAUGAUGAUUAUCAAGAUAUUUUGGAAGACAUGAGAGAGGAAUGCGGAAAAUUUGGUGCAUUGGUAAACCUCGUCAUCCCACGCCCACAGCCAAAUGGUGAACCAUUACCUGGAGUUGGGAAGGUGUUUUUGGAGUAUGCAGACAUUGAUGGUUCUGCAAAAGCACGUUCUGGGUUGAAUGGAAGAAAAUUUGGUGGGAAUCAAGUCGUGGCCGUCUUUUAUCCGGAGAACAAGUUUGCUCAGGGGGACUACGAAGGAUAGUUAUUUCAUGUCACAUUGGUAUGAUUGUAUGAUUGUGUUUUUCGCUGAGGUACUCAGUGUAGAUGGUUGCCAUUAAAGUAAUUUUAGAUAAUGAGCUUGUGUUGUC